AUGGUGCCGAAUCUGGGCUUUAAUGCCUCUAUGAUUGGUAUAUGGGGUGCAUUGCUAUUGGCGCAGAUCGCACAACUAUAUUUCAGACAGUAUUGGUUUUCUGUUUCAUUUAUCUGUACAGGAAUUUUAGAAGUUAUCGGUUAUAUUGGUAGAACUAUGAAUCAUUUCAAUGUUGCUAAUAGACAAGGUUAUCUUUUGAAUAUGAUUUGUUUAACCAUUUCUCCGGUCUUUACCAUGGCUGGUAUCUACUAUCAACUAGCCAAAUUGAUCGAGGUUUAUGGUCAUAGAUUUGCUCUUUUAGGUUCGCCAAUGGCGUAUUCGUACGUAUUCAUUACUAGUGAUAUCAUUUCGCUUGUCGUUCAAGCCAUCGGAGGUGGUGUCGCUGCAAGCGCCACAAGUAGGAACACUUCGAGUGAACCAGGUAAAGAUAUCUUCAUUGCAGGUUUAGCUCUACAAGUCGUAUCGAUGAUUAUUUUCAUUACAUUUUGGUUCCAUUUCCUCUAUAAAAUUUAUAUCGGUACAAGGAAAGAGCAUGAUAAAAAUUUCAAGAUAAGUGAUUUCUUCAAAAUCUCACAAAAUGAUAUCGAUUAUCUUUACCGAGAAAAAUAUCACGAUUUAAGAAUCAAUCCAUCUCGUUGGCCAUUUAAGUAUUUCACUUUAUCAUUGACUGCUACCGUGCUACUAAUCUUUACACGUUGUGUAUACCGUCUUGCCGAACUGUCAUACGGAUGGCUAGGUAAACUGGUCUCGCAUGAAUGGUAUUUCAUCGCACUAGAUUGUCUAAUGAUGACCAUUUCUACUGUGAUCAUGACAGUAAUACAUCCAGGAUUGGCUCUUCAAGGUAGGUACGUAUCGAUACCAAUCACUAAGGGAAGAGUGGACCCGGAGCUUUUAGAAGGCACUCUAUCCGAAAAUAGAAGCAGUUCCACUGCAUCAAUGAGUACAGAGCUAAAAGUGCCAAUUGUAGAAGAUAGUAAGCCUAAUAAGCUCAAUUUUUCAAAAAAAGUUUGGUCAUUUAAGAAAAAAUAA